CUGUAGCCCGCUAUCAAAGUUCAAUUUAUGGCUAUCCCUUUAAGCGUACGCAUGACGUCACCACAGCGCGUCAGUGUUACUUGUUAUCCUGUUGUUUUCAUCUCGAAAUUUGUCUGGAUCAAACAAAUGUCAGCAGGAUCUUCAGAAGUGAAUGAGGUCUAGAGUUGGAAUUGAGUAGUCCUCCGUGUGGACCCGAGAUGGGCCAGCAGCUUUCUGGCCAGGCAGUGAGCAGACUGCCUGAGAAACUCAUCAAACAUGUUGGGCUAAUGAGAGACAGCGGCUACCUCACUUAUGACGAAUUCUUGGGUCGUGUGGCAGAACUCAAUGACGUAACUGCAAAACUGUCUCCUGGCCAAAAGAAACAUCUUCUGUUUGAAGUACAGCCUGGAUCUGAUUCAACGGCUUUAUGGAAGGUUGCUGUGAGAAUAGUGUGCACCAAGAUUAACAAAGAGGACGGAAUGGUGGAGGCCUCGCGCAUUAUGAACCUUUACCAGUUUAUGCAGCUCUACAAAGACAUCACCAGUCAGGCAGCUGAAUCCCUGGCUGUGGCCGCAGAGGGAUCUUCUGAACAGCUGUCAUCAGAAGAUAACUGCCAGGCCAGCAUGUGGAUGGGCAGGGUAAAACAGUUGACAGAUGAAGAGGAAUGCUGUAUCUGUAUGGAUGGGAAGGCAGACCUCAUUCUUCCCUGUGCACACAGCUUCUGUCAGAAGUGUAUUGACAAGUGGAGCGGUCAGAGCAGAAAUUGCCCCGUCUGUCGUAUUCAGGUGACUGCCGCCAAUGAAUCUUGGGUAAUGUCGGACGCUCCCACAGAGGAAGAUAUAGCUGGAUACAUUCUCAAUCUUGCAGAUGAAGCCGGUCACCCACACAGACCUUAAAAUCUGACAGUUGCUUCCCACUGACGACAACAUGACCCACUGUAAAUAGUAAUUUCACAGGGUGACUAUGAGUCUUAGUAUGUAUUGCACUUUAUAGUGUCAUUCACUGAAUGCAAUAACUGCUGAAUAUUUUUUUAAUUUAAAAGAUUUUUAAGGUUAAUGCAAUAUAAUUUGUCAUCUAAUCGGUUACUGUGAACUUAUGAAGAUAAAUGCUAGACAACAUGUAGCUUUAGAACUUAAUUGCCUUUCAUUCCCGUUAAUCUUGCGGUUUUAUCUCAUUUGUGAAGUAUUGCACUUAAUAGUGUCUGACUGUUUCAUUAAGGCCUUGUAUUACCUGAACAGUAGUAUCGGCACGUGAAAGUGUUUAAUGAUAUUAACUCCAAAAUUCAUUACUGUACAGCAUGUGUGCAUUCAUAAUUAUUUAGUGAUUGGUUGGACAUGAGCGCUUUACUUUUGUGUAACUGCAGUCGUUUCAUAUGGAUUUAAAUUAAGCUGUUCAUCUCAUACAUGUAUGUGUGAGAGAUUGAAUAUGAGAGCUAAGGAAAUGUAAUUGUAUCAUAAAAAUGUGUAUAUAUUGAUCUAAAUUUAUAUAAAAGUUUAUUAACGUGUAAUGCAAUUUAUCAAGAUCAACUAAACAGAUUUUAAAGUAUACCUUAAUUUCAUUUAAGUAAUGAAACCGGUUUCUGUUAUAGUGUUGUUUGAAGAAAAGCUGUUUGAGAUGUUCAAUGCCCUUUUUUGUCUAUACAAAUCUGAUAAUAAAGUUCAUUAAAUAUAUUUUUUAUUUGCUAACUUGUAACACUUCCUGUUUGAAACUUGUUUCUACACUGCAAAAAUGACUUUCUUAGUAUUUUUGUCUUGUUUAAAGUUCCAAUAUCUAAAAAUUCUUAAGAUGCAUUUUCUUAAUAAGCAAAAUAACAUAAGAAUAUAACUCAAAAAUAUCAAUUUUAAUCCCUUAAGUGGUGCAAAUACCCUUUGAGAUAAAUGUGAUAUACACCUUCAAAUUAUCUAACUUCGCCAUUUCUUGGUCUAGAAGCCUAAUCUUGGUCUUGUUUUAAAGAAGACAUUUUGGGUCACAGAAGAUUAAAUUUAUAAAUAAAAUUAUAAAAAUGUAAAUAUUUCACAAAAGUAAUGAUGCAAACACAAAGCCAUGAAUCUCAAGUAGUUCUGAUCCAAAUUUUUAAGUUAAAAUCACAAAAAAUUAGUUUUGUGUCACACUGUUAUUGGUUUUACCAACAACGGCCACUAGGUGUCAACGGUUUGAUCCAUAUUCUUGUCCUAAAUUAAUAAAUUACUGUCACUGCAUUAGUAUUACUGCAAAAAGGUUUUUAAAAUAUGAAAAUUACAUUCUUAGAGCUUUCCAACAAUAUAUAGGUUGUCAACAUAUUUGAAGAUUUAUAAUAGGAUAAAGUUUUAUGAAUAUAUAAUAAUUAAUAUGCAUUACUAUGGGGGGGGGGUCAUGUAACAAAAAACUGUCAUUACCUUAUUUCUAUCAUAAGAUGACCUUGAAAUAUGAAAACUACAUUCUGGGAGCUUUCCAGUGACAUAUAGUUUGUCAUGAUUUUUUAGGUUUAGAGGAGAGGUUUAGUGUUAUAAAUAUGUAAAAGCUAAUUUGGCCUAACUGUGGCCCGUGACAUUUUCUGACUCUCACUACGUCAUAAUUUUAACAAAAUGGUAAUGAAAUAUGAAAACUUCACACCUAGAACUUUCAAACAAUCAUAGGUGUAUAAUACUUAAGUAUUUUAGUUACAUUUUCCAAGCAUCUGUGCUUUAUCAGAGUGUUUGUCUUGGGAAAAAUUUACUUUUCUUUACUAAAAAAUGUUCACUACAUUCUAAAGCAUAGAAUCAUACUGUGUAUUCAUUAUAUAUUGCAUAUUAAAAUUGAUUUAAUGCCUAAUUACAUAAAAAGUGUUAACUUUAACUUUCUUGAGUAAAAGUACGAAUUAUUUUUUACUUAAGUAAAAGUACAAAAAAUUACUAUAUGUUUAAUGUACUUAAAUAUUAAAUAUAAACCAAAAAACUUGAAAUUAUGAAAUCCAAAGAAAAACAGAUUAUUUAUUUUAUUAAUAAAAUACGAAUAAUUGAAAAUUUACUUUUAUGUAGAAAGUAAAAAUACUUACGUACUAUAUAACUCUGCAGACAAUAUAAAGUUUGUCAUGAUUGGAUAAUAAUUCACAUGCAAAACACUGACGUAAAUGUAGGCGCCCCGCUGGCAGGACGAUAUAAAUGUUUUGAGGCACACUCGCUUUAUAAUUGAAUCUAUUACUCUUCCUACAUAAUUUAUUUUAUAAAACACUGUUGAAAUAUGUAUUCUAGAUGCUAAGACCUUUCCAACAAUAUUUUUAGUGAUAGGCAUAAAAUGUACAUGGAAAAUAUUGAAGUAAACUUAGGUGUCCCACGCAGUGAAUUUGUGCAUAAAACAAGCAAAAAAUCUGCCUAUGGGGUAAGAAAAAAAAUCUUGAACUUUUUUCUUAAACACUUAAAUCAAGAAAAAUU